UUCUUGAACGACUCGAUCGAAUUUAACAUCGCCAUGAAACCGGUUUUGUUUCCAGUAGUUGCCAAUCCAAGUUCGAUAAAGAAAACAAACGAUAUCAGUGACUGAUAUUUUUCCAGUGGAAGUCGAAUUUUUGUUAAUUUUUAUUCAAUAGUUUUUAGAAAACUCUCGACUUCUUUCAAAUAACGUUUUUGAUUCAGAAAAUAAUCACUAUGUGUGAUUUUUCAAUGACCUAUUUCUGUAACGAAUCAUACUUCAGUAUUUUUUUGUUUGAAAUUUAAAUCGUAAAUAUGCUUUUUGCAAGUUCGUCUUACAACGUUUGCAUCACGAUGUUGUAUUUUUUUUUAGUGUUUUCAUUACUACCUUCUAUCUAUGGAGAUCUCUGUAGUGUUUGUAAAUGCGGUAUUAAGCAGUAUUACGAUCAAAAUAUGUAUGUCACCGAUUGUACCAAUGCAGGGAUUGAUGCAAGGACGGUUGAAUUGCUGGAAAAUUUACCCACAGAAACUGAGGUAUUCAUUUUCAAAGGAAAUUUUGUGCCAGUAUUACCAGUAAACAUUUUUGGUUCAGAUAAAAAUUUAACCAAGUUGAAAGUCAUAGACAUGACAGACAAUGGAAUCGAAGUAAUCAAAGGGAAAACAUUUCAUCAUGUUCCUGUAGUCGAAAGACUCAUAUUAGAUCAUAAUUCAAUCACUUUGACGAAUAAUUCUCACCCUAGGGUAUUUUCAAAUUUUGAAAAUUUGAGAGAACUGCACCUUACCGAUGCAUUUUUGGACAACACAUCGGCAGAUUUAGCAGAAGAGCUCCAUAGUAUAUUCAUCAAUAGUAAUCUAACGAAGCUCAUAAAGUUACACUUGGAACAAAAUGAAAUCAGCAGUUUUGCCGAUAAACGUGUGUUUUGCGAUUUGCAAAAUUUAAUGGAUUUGCAUUUGGGUAACAAUCAAUUGAAGAACGUUAACUUCGAUUUAAAAUGUUUGCAAAAUUUACGUUAUUUAGACUUGCAAUAUAAUCAGAUCAGUCAUUUUAGUCGUGAAGAUUUGAACACAUUCGAUUCGUUUGCGAAAAAACGCGAAUUCAACUUGGAUAUUCAUAAAAAUAACUUCACUUGCGAUUGUAGCGUAAAUGAUUUGUAUUCUUGGUUAAAAACUACCAAAGUUAUUGUGAGAAAUAACGAAAGUAUUUCUUGCCAUUAUUUCAGAGAUCCUCAUCCUAUUCUUUUAAAAGAUUUCAAUUCGUCUAAAUGUAUAAAUCGUAUUCCGUACGAAGGUGCUCAUCCUUAUACCAAGUAUUUAUUUUUCUCAAUUUUAGUUUUCCUCGUUAUAUAUUUGAUAUUUUUAAGCGUGAAAUACACAACGUUGUACUGUCGACAUUCUAUCGCACCUACUGGAAAAGUACAUUACGUCGUGAUUACAAAUCAAGAUGACCAUAGCAGAGAAGUUCGCGUGCAAUUGAACAAAAUACCAUUUAGUGUUUGAAACGCAAUUACGAGCUAUAAAAAUUCAUCGAACGCGGUCGUUUCGCUACUUCGACGUGAAUAUUGAUUGUUUUCCUAAGAUUAUUAUAAUACCAGUAUUGAAAUAUCACUCGUAAAUACUCGAGUUUCGUUCGUAAAAGUAUAAAGGCGUGUUUAUAGGUUUUCGUUUACUUAGCGAUAAAUCUGUCGUUUCCGCCGGCAUAAAAACAUACGAGUAUGUCUUCCAUUUAAUUUUUAUGUUUUACGAAAUGUGUUCAAAAUUAUUAAUAAGUUACACUUAUCGGUCGAACAACGGGACUGAACUUUACUUUUCAAUUUUUCGCAUUUAUUAAUUUUUUUUUUAUUUUUGUAUAUUUAGUUACGCUACUUAGCUGGUAAUUUUAUAUACUCUGGUCGACUUUAUCGUGUGGGUACGAGGUUGAAAAUGUAUUUUUGUGAUGUUUAUUUUACUCCUGAACAUUCCGAACAAACACACGUAUAAUGUGGUUAAAUUUUUUAUCCGUCCAAGGUGCCUUUCAAUAAUGACGUAUUCGUAAUGAGGUGAUGAUAGUUGUACCGAAAAAUCGACAGAUAGGUAUACAUUCAUCACCAUCGUCGUAUUAAAGUAUCAAUGGAGUUCUAUGAGGUAUUGGAAUAUUUUUCGUCGUUCUUUUCAUUUCAUCUGAACAGAUUAUGAAUACCUACUUAAUGUUGGCGAAUAUUGAAAAUUAUAUUACAAUUUGUAAUUGAUAUAUAUUCGUUUAAUUGUUUGUUUGAUAUUGAUGCAAUUUACACUCGAUUUUAGGCUUAUGUUGUUAUAUUGUUAUGUGAUAUUUUAGUGAUAUGGUCAUUUUCUUCUAUUAUUUUUUUAUAUCGAUAACCUCCUUAACAUAAAAUUAAAAUUUUUUACAUCCCAGUAUUUUAUAAGGAGACUAAAAAUGCUCGAUCACUCAAUUAUAAUAUUAUUAAUUUUAAAAGAAAGAACGCAGUACGCAGCUAUGGUUCUGUAUUAUUUUAGUAUCGUAUAAAUGGUAGCUUUUUGUAAUGAGUUUUUCAAUUUUUUUCACUUGAUGCAUUCCUAUGAGAUUUUUUUUUUUUAAUACUAACAUUUUGCUUUCAAUAAAUGGUAUGUUUGUUGUA